AUGUUUGGAGGAGUUGAAGUUGAAAGAAGAGCGCUUGAAAUAGUUAUGAAAUAAUUAAAGCUGGCAGAAAGAAAAAUGAGGUAAUUUGGAAGAAUAAAUGGAGCAAAAAAGGAAUAACAGUAAAAAAAAUAGUGAUUUUAGAUAUGGAGAUAAAGAAAGUUUUCAGAGUGGUAGAAAAAAAGCUCAGAUAUUUUUCUUCAGAGCAAAAAAACGCCGAAAUUGCAUGAAAAAGGUGCGGAAGGCAAGGCAGAAGCCUCGAUUUUGGCUUGUGCUGCUUCUUCUGGCCUGCUGGAGGCCGAAGACACACAGCUGGUGCUCGGCUCCGUCGAGCUUCUCUGGACGCCCUCCGCGUCUCUCGUCGGCUUCUGCGUCUCUGUGACUGGCGCCCUCAAGGCGAAUCACUCUCGCCUCUCUGGCCUGCCUCGCUCUCUCAACUUUUUCUUCUCUCCACCGUCACUCAAAAGCAAAGCACUCGAUAGCUGAAGUUCUAGCGCCUCUGGCCGGCUUCUCGGCUCUUCACCUUAUCUGCAUGAACUGUUUUUGCAAACAAAACCUUCAGUUCCCGCCAAAAAGACCGUUUUAACCAUUUUUCAGACUUUAGACUUGUCCAAGUUUUUUUUGUUGAUUUUAAUCUUCAUCUUUGACGAUUUCAGGAAUUUUCUCUUUUUUAGGUCUUUUCGAAAUUUUCAGUGAGAGUUUUUAUUUUAUCUUUUUAAGCUUCAUCUCAAGCCAAUAACGUCAACACUAGCCUAGUGUGGUUAAAAAGAAAAGUUCAUGUCUGUUUGUUUUCGAUUUUUGAGCUUCUCCCUGUGGUUCCACCACCAUUUUUCUCUCUUGUAGACAAGUCCUUGUAAAGUUAGUCGAUAUUUAGUUAUUUGACUAAUUCGACGAGCGCCAAAACCUAGAAAAAACAAGAAAACUACAGUCUCAAUACUUGAAUUUCCUUUUUCGAGCCAUUUUCAGCCUGUCCCCCCUUCUUUUUGAAUCUCACUUCUAUAUCGUCAUUCAAACAUCACUUAAAGACGUCCAAAGUCAAACUUAACCUAAUCGCCGGAAUUCUUCAGUUUCCCGAUGAACCUAUUUUAUUUUUCCGCCUUUUCUAAGGCUCACCUGACUUAUCGCACCAUUCCUGGCUUAAUGACGUCAUUAGUCGAGAGAAUUCUGCGGAUGAGGCCACUUUUCGGAGCUUGUCCUGUUGUUUGAAAGCUCUCUGUAUCUUCAAAUCUGAGUCAUCUAGGUACUUAUCACUGAUUACUAUCGUCAUUCUUUGAUUUAUUCAAGUAAUGACAUUUACCCAGAAGUGAAAAGAAAAAUAAAAAUUUUGAACUGGUUUGAGUCGCCCUAACGAAUUUUCAUCGGUUGGGAUCAACAAUAAAGUUAUCAGAUUAUUUUCUUGACCUUUUUCUUUUGAUUUCCUAUUUUUCCCCAAAAAAAACUUUUUUUUUCCAGCUUUUUCAUUAGGAAAAGCGUCAAUUCAUCAAUUUUUCAUGCUAUUUUCCGUUAGUCGAGAACCGGUUAUAUAAUAUCCUCGGAGCGCAUUUCUCAUUCCUUUCAAAGCUAUUUUUCCUUUUUUUUUCUUAUGUCCCGCCCAUUUUUUCACCUCAUGGUGACCGAUGUCAUAACCCAAAUCUCGUGGCAUGUUCGCUGUCAUGCGAUUUUUUUGUUAAGUUUCAAAAAAAUUUUUCAAACUUUCUGUUGUGAAUUAUGUUUUCCAUAAAUCAUUUAAACUUCAUUUUAAUUUCAGGGUAGCAGCUAUUUAUUGGGUUGACUUCAUCAUCAUGGAAUUCACCGCUUUUUCGGCACCAGGUUUGUUAGGAGGAGGCUUCUUUUUUGAAUUGUUUCAUUUCUCCUCAAAAAAAAUGUUUUAUUCAAUUUCCUCCGAUAUUUUCUUAACUGUUCAUCUUUUUCAGGUGGGCGGACAUUUUGGGCUCUUGCUUUGUAA